AUGAUAGAAUUUUGCGACAAAUUUUCAUGCGCUUUUUUUCCACUCCGCGUUUCUCAUUCUUCUAAACAUUAUCAAAGUCUUAAUAUUGUCUUUUCUGCAGUAUUGAUAUGUAACUAACAAAAUUGAGAUAAGAAUUAUUUACGUCAAUUAUCGUAACUAUCGGAUUCAAAAUGAAGAAAUUUAAGAGAGCGCAAGCACAAAAUCAAGCGGCGAUCGAAAGGCACAUGGUUACACAUCCUAUGGUAGAAUCGUCGAGCGACGAAGAAGAUGAAACUGGGCAAGAGAUAUUGGAACAAGCUGUUGGAAAGGUCCUGACUUCCUACCAAGAUCAAGGUGGAGAUCCUGAAAAAAUCCUAUCUUAUUUGGCUGAUACUUUUCAAUCUAACGGCGCUGUUUGCUUGAUAUGUAUUUCGUCGGUGAAGAAAACAGACCCGAUAUGGAGCUGUACCAUGUGCUACUCAUUUAUGCAUCUCCCGUGCAUUCAGCACUGGAUUCGAGACAGCCUUGCUUACAAGCGGGACCGUGGAAUUUCUCAAGUAUGGGCAUGCCCAAAAUGUCGUACAGAGUAUGCCGAAGACGAGGCUCCGCAACACUAUGAAUGUUUUUGCGGAAAGACGAGAGAUCCAUCAUAUCAACCAUGGUGCGUACCACAUUCUUGCGGAGAAGCAUGUGGAAAACUUCUCCAACCAAAAUGCGGGCAUUCCUGUGUUCUGCUAUGUCAUCCCGGACCUUGUCCUCCGUGUCCGAAAAUGGUUUCUUCCAAAUGCUACUGUGCCAAAUCAGCCCCUCGUCCGAGACGCUGUAACGCCAAAGAAUGGAGCUGCGGCGCUGUUUGCAGCAGGAAUUUGAAAUGCGGGAAACACACGUGCAGAGAAAUGUGUCAUAGUGGCGAGUGUCCGCCAUGUCCAGAGAAGGUUUCCGCGACUUGUCACUGUGGGAAUAAGACCGAGCUGAGGCCAUGUUUCGACACGGUGUGGCGAUGCGAUAAACCGUGCAGAAAAUCCUUAUCUUGUAACGUCCACGUUUGCCAAGACGUCUGCCAUCUGCCCGGAGACUGUGGCGAUUGCCUGACGGCCAAAAACAGGUCGUGUCCGUGCGGGAAGAGGAAGUACAAGAUUUCCUGCAAGCAGGAGGCAGCGACGUGCGGUGAUACUUGCGAAAAAUUACUGGAUUGCGGAGCACAUUACUGCAACAAACGCUGUCAUCUCGAUAGCUGCGGGCAAUGCUUGGAGGUGGUUACCAAAUCGUGCAAAUGCGGUGCUCACAAAAAAGAGAUAGCUUGCGCCAAAGUGUUUCACUGCGACACGAAGUGUAAGCAGAUUCGGUUGUGCGGACGGCAUCCGUGCAAUAAAAAAUGCUGCGACUGCGUGAAGAAGAAUAAUUUCAAUCCUUGCGAAAAGACUUGCGACCGUACUUUAAGUUGUCGCAAACACAAAUGUUCCGCUCCUUGCCACAGCGGCCCAUGCUAUCCCUGCCAGAGGACAGACACUAUACAGUGUCGAUGCGGUUCAAGCAAAAUUGUCAUACCUUGUGGUACAGCCAAGAAGAUUAAACCACCUCACUGUAAUAAAAUGUGUAAAAUUCCACCGAUUUGCCACCAUCCAAAACGAGAGUCGCACAAAUGCCACCAAGGACAGUGUCCACCCUGCAAGAAACAAUGUGCCUUGGCGCAUAAAAAGUGCGGUCACAUUUGCCCAGUGCCCUGUCACACCAAGGUAUGGGUAAAGGUGAAUGGUAUAACUCAACCAGCUGGGCCGUGGGAAAAACAGAGGGACAAGAUGCAGCUGAAAACUCUGCCUUGUCCACCCUGCCAAGUUUCAGUAAUGGUCACUUGUUUAGGUGGGCAUGAAACUUUGCCGUGGCCGUGCCACAAGGCGGUAUCAAGCUGUUGCCAAAGGCCUUGCGGACAAUUGUUGAGCUGCACAAAUCAUACCUGCAUGUUAUUGUGUCACGUUGUACAAGCGUCGGGAGACAAUGGACAACCAACGCCAUGUGAAGAAUGCGAAAAGCCGUGCGUCAUACCCAGACCUCAAGGAUGCACUCAUACUUGCCCCAGCAUCUGUCAUCCGGCUCCUUGUAAACCCUGCAAACAAAUCGUACGACUUCCUUGUCACUGCAGCAUCAAUACUUUGUAUAUUCGCUGCUCUGAGCUCACUUCGGCUAACGAAGAGACUAAGAAGGAGAUGUUCAAGUGUGGAAAUCAGUGUCCUAAGAAUUAUCCAUGCGGGCAUCGUUGCAUAGAUGAUUGUCAUCCAGGAUCGUGUGAACGAGCUGAAGAGUGUAAUAAAAAAGUGAAAAUUUGGUGCAAGUGUAAAAGAUUGAAGAAAGACAUUUCUUGUCGCAUUAUAAGAUCGGGCGGAGCUGUAGUUGAAUGUGACGCUGUGUGUCAGGAGAAAAAGAAAGAACGAAUUCAAGCCCAAGAGGCUGAGGCAGAGAGGAAAAAGAGAGAAGAAGAAUUGCGCAACCAAAGAGAGGUGGAAAAGUUUGAAAGAAAGUUCAAACCUAGACGUAAGUGUAAGGACAAGACGAAUGACCAACCGCGCGUUAAGGAAACAAAGUUUAACUACCUUAAGUGGCUCGCAGCUAUCUUGGUAUUUGCCAUAGCUUGCCUGGUCGCUUUUUAUAGCGUGGACAUGCAAAUGGUACCUCAUUAAUUUCUAUUGUACCAAAGAAUAAUACUUGGAUUUCUCAAUCGUUACGCAACAGGGAUCUUGAAGUAUCGUGGACUAUUGUUUACUUUAGUAAUUUAUUGCUUAUUUCAUCCCAAUGAAUUUCAAUAAUAGGUCUGUUUCGACCAAAUUGUGCGGUACAAUAUGAUUGUAUUACCCACAUUCGGGUAGUUUAUUAUUCGAACAUUAGAUGUUAUUACGUAUUAGAGUCGCAUUAUGUGGUGCGAAAACUGUGUAUCAAACCAGCAAUGGUCCUUCCUUAAUUUUGGAACAACUCGUGCACAGCAAGUAUAAGGGUAUAAACAUAAGUGAAUUUGGUGUCUGGAAUUUUACAGUGUAUGUUUUAGUCUUUAUUCUGACGUGAUAUUUAUUGUUAGAUUAAGAAAACUUUCAUCUAUCUAUCUAGACAAGUACAAAAUACAAGGCACAAAAAUUUCUUACACAUUUUAAAUUUAAAUCAAUAGUAUUUGAUUGUUUAAGGGAUACAUUGAUUAAUUUCAUUUUGGAAAUGACCAGCCGAAAGGUAAUCCAGGUAAA